AGCAGGUUCUGAGCAUUGAGAAUUUAAUUGUGAAAAGAACUCUCAGCUCAGUUCAGUGCUAAAGCAUUCUGCUCUCCUGGCUGGCUGCAAGCAGUUCUCAGUCUCUUAAUUUCAGAAAUUUCCUAUUCUGAUAUUGAAGGCAUUAAUAUUUUAUCUUGGAUUGUCAGUAUCUUAUAUGGAGACCUAUUUGUGCAUCCUUGUAUGAUGUGUUGCAUAUCCUUGAUUAAAUGAUUCUGGUUUCACCAGAUUUGCUGUUAAAGAAUACAUUAGAGAUUUGCUAGAGAAUCAAAAAGGCUUCAAUUAAAGACAUUUCCUGUAAACUGUGAUCCAGUUCAGUGAGACUUUAUCAGACUGUCCUGCAUUUGGUAAUAACCUUAAUGGUUGUGUUAUAAAGAACCUUUGUUUAGCAGUAAAUGAAUGGUCUUUACUGUGCUUCCACUUCUAGGAAGGUGAGAUAAUAAUUCCCACAAUUAACUUUUCCAGAAGAGGCAAACGUGACCUGUAGAUAGGAGGAAGAACAAUGUCCCUGUGUUGCUGUAUUCACAAGGCAGGAAAAAAGAAGCAUCCAUUGUUGGUGGUGGCAUGGGGUUCAUGAACCACCCAGCUCCAGCCAACAGCCGCUACAAGCCCACUUGCUAUGAGCAUGCUGCUAACUGUUACACACAUGCAUUCCUGAUUGUUCCUGCCAUCGUGGGCAGUGCCCUCCUGCAUCGGCUCUCGGACGACCGCUGGGAGAAGAUCACAGCAUGGAUGUACGGGGUGGGGCUCUGCGCCCUCUUCAUCGUCUCCACCGUCUUCCACAUCGUUUCCUGGAAAAAGAGUCACCUCAGGACAAUGGAGCAUUGCUUUCACAUGUGUGACAGAAUGAUGAUCUAUGUCUUCAUUGCGGCAUCCUACGCACCGUGGUUAAAUCUCCGUGAGCUGGGACCUCUGGCAUCUCACAUGAGAUGGUUUAUCUGGCUGAUGGCUGCUGGAGGAACCCUUUAUGUAUUUCUCUACCAUGAAAAGUAUAAGAUCGUUGAACUCUUUUUCUAUUUAGCGAUGGGAUUUUCUCCUGCUCUGGUAGUGACAUCCAUGAGCAACACCGAGGGACUGCAGGAGGUGGCCUGGGGAGGUGUGAUCUAUUGCCUGGGCGUGGUGUUCUUCAAGAGUGAUGGAGUGAUCCCCUUUGCCCACGCCAUCUGGCACCUCUUCGUGGCCACAGCAGCUGCUGUCCAUUACUAUGCCAUUUGGAAGUACCUUUACAGAAGUCCUGCAGACAUCAUUCGUCACUUGUGAGAUUAUACAAAACAAUAAUCUGCACUUGGCCUCUGUAACAGUAUUAUUUGACUUAAAGAAUUUGGGGGAAUUGGAAAAAUUGCACAGCAAAACUGCACUGACUUUGGUAGUUCUGUGAACACAAUUACUGUGAACUGAUGUUUGUGUCCUGCCAUUUCCCAUCACAUGGCAAGUGCUGUAAAUAACCAAGAUACUGUACUGCAGUAACCAAGAGUCCAUUCCACGUUAGCAGAACUGGCUACCUGAUGUUUACAAACAAAUUUUGUAUGCUAGUUUAAUUUUACAAUUUUUAACUAUGUGAAUUUUUCUAAAUUAGUGAUUCAAAUGGUGAAGUCAGUGCAAUAGUGAAAACGUAAUGCUCUUGACAUGAAAUUGAUUUCUAUCACCUUUCCACGAGUCAUUUCUUAAACAUGAAUCAGAGACAGCUAAUCUACUUUUACCACCCAUUAUCUUGGUAAAAUGUGACUUUUAUAGAAACUUUUCUGUGUUUUUUGUAAAAUUUGAAAGUACAUUUAUUGAAUUGAAGACACACAACUGUCAUCUAUGCAGUUAUUCAUGUUGCAAACUCUUGCAAGAAAUGGUUAACAUUCCACACCCUGUUCUGAGGAGCAAACAUUGUACCUCUUCCGAAGUUUGUGUUGCAGCUGUAAUUGUUAUAACCACUUUUACAAGCUAAAUGUGAUUCUGCUGAGUUCUAACAUGGCAGCAUUCUGCUCAUUUUCCGUACCACUGAACCAGACCUUAAGCUGGCUUUAUUUGUGAUGAAGAGCUGUGGAAGGAAUAGCUGAGGUGAUUUUCUCCUCCAGGUUCCCAGCUGUGCCCUGCUGCCCAGGCUGGGGCUGGCGUGGGGAUAUCCCCAUCCCAGCCAGGGCCAUCAUUCCCCAGCCCUUGUGCACACACAAGCACAGCCUGGCAGGGAGCAGAGCUUGGCAGGGUGUCCCUUGUCUCCCUGGGACGUCACACAGAGCCCCACUGGUCUGUUACUGUCUGUCUGCAAGGGAAAUCCAGCUGUGGUAGCAAAUGUGACUGUAGGACAUGUGCUCAAAUGACCCGUGUGGAAGAGUCAUUUAAUCCUGUUUGUCCAAUAAUUGUAUCCUGUCCCACUAUGUAAUGAAUGUCUUAUAUUAAGAUUGACUUUAUCCUUUUUCUAAUUUACUCAGUUUUACAUGUCAGUAUUUAAAAACAAAACCAAAAUGUGUUGCCUUUCAGAUUUUGUUCUGGAUAUUGCCUGUCUGCAAACAAUAAAUAGCAAGAUAGGGAUGUUUCAAAGGUCCUGUUCCACUCAGAUUUGCCAGAGGGCCACAAGUUUUAGAAUAUUUACAUUUGUAUAGGGAAUUUACCAGAGGGACAAACUUUAAAUCCAUGACAUUGAAGAAUUGCUGUGUGGUGGUAGCAGGUGAUCAGCGCAGUGGCAGCACCACAGCAAACUCAAACUGCCCCAAAAGAGAGCAAAGGGAACAGCUGGGCAGGUGAUUCUGCUACAACAGUCUUGCAGAUCUGGAUGCCUCAGUUUUUUAACAUUGUCUGUUUUAAUAUUUUCCACUUUUUGUGAGUCCACAUAUUUUGUUGAAAUGCAGUACUGCUAAAACCACUAGAAUACAUGUAAAGGUUUUCUGUAGUCAAAAAUUAAACUAUUGCUUGAAUAUGUUUGUUUUAAUUUUAAGUUAAUUUUUCAUGGCAUUUGCUUUUUGGAGUGUUUGAAAUGGUUUUUAAAAAAUUUCAAUUCGCCAAAAAUAUUUUGAAUUCCUGUAUUCUAGUCAAUAUGAUAUUGAAUGUACUAGACUUACAAUAAACAUUUGGUGCAAUUUGGAAA